AGAGAGAGCGGCUGUUCGCACGGGAGGAGGACUGAGCGCCGGUUCGGUGGCGGCGUGAGGAGAUGAAAGCGGAUGCAGAUAAGAUUGGCUACGACUAAACGUCUCUCCGCGGGUAAUUUCCCCGUGUUUUUAUUUUCCUGCCAAUGUAUUAUGAUCUCCGUCGUGCUCGCGGACACCACCCCUGCAAACGCACCCGUCUGUCUCUGAGCUGUCAAUCAUAUCACGCCGGGAUUUCUACAUGUGAGUGCGAGGCGCGCCGGGCAGGGCGGAUCUGCUCACGGGGAGAAAAAGCGGAGCGGAUGAAUAUGGAUGGAAGGACGACCGUCAUCUCAGCAUUCCAAUAACUCCGGUUCGCGCCACUGCCCCAUAGCGUUGCCCAGACCACCGCGCAGGCAAGAUGAUGUGCGAGGUGAUGCCGACCAUCAGCGAGGGAGACUCGGCCGGUCCUCCGAGAGGCACCGGCGGCGUCCCGAACGGCUCGGACCAGGAGGCCAACUUCGAGCAGCUGAUGGUGAACAUGCUGGACGAGAGGGACAAGCUGCUGGAGUCCCUCAGGGAGACCCAGGAGACCCUCAUCCAGUCCCAGACGAAGCUGCAGGGGGCGCUCCACGAAAGAGACGUGCUCCAGCGGCAGAUCAACGCAGCGCUGCCUCAGGAGUUCGCCACUCUGACGAAGGAGCUGAACAUAUGCCGGGAGCAGCUGCUGGAGAAGGAAGAAGAAAUAUCUGAGCUGAAAGCUGAAAGGAACAACACCAGGCUGCUGUUGGAGCACCUGGAGUGUCUGGUGUCUCGUCACGAACGCAGUCUGAGGAUGACAGUGGUGAAGAGACAGGCACCCCCACCAUCUGGAGUCUCCAGCGAGGUGGAGGUCCUCAAAGCUCUGAAGUCGCUGUUUGAACACCACAAGGCUCUGGAUGAAAAGGUGCGCGAGCGGCUCCGUGUGGCUCUGGAGCGGGUGGCCGCCCUGGAGGGACAGCUCGCAGCCACCACGCAGGAGCUGAACAUGGUAAGACAAAGGAAGGACGGUGACUCAGUGGAGCGAACAGACGGAUCCAAACCUACAUGGAAGAGACUGCCUAACGGCUCCAUAGACGCGCACGACGACGGCAGCCGGGCGUCCGAGCUCCAGGAGCUGCUCGACCGGACCAACAAGGACCUGGCCCAGAGCCGCGAGCACUCCGCCGCCCUCAGCGCCCACGUGGCCGAGCUGGAGGCGGAGCUGGCGAACGCGCGGCGGGAGCUGAGCCGCAGCGAGGAGCUGUCAAUCAAGCAGCAGCGGGAGCAGAGAGAGAGAGAGGACCUGGAAGAGAGAAUAACGACGCUGGAAAAACGCUACCUCGCUGCCCAGCGAGAAACCACACACAUCCACGACCUCAAUGACAAGCUGGAGAACGAGCUAGCCACCAAGGACUCCCUUCACCGACAGAGCGAGGAGAAGGUGCGCCAGCUGCAGGAGAUGCUGGAGAUGGCAGAACAGAGACUGGCCCAGACCAUGAGGAAGGCCGAGACGCUGCCAGAGGUGGAGGCUGAACUGGCUCAGAGAGUGGCAGCGCUCACCAAGGCGGAGGAGCGCCAUGGCAACGUGGAGGAGCGGCUCAGACAGCUGGAGUCUCAACUGGAGGAGAAGAACCAGGAGCUAGGAAGGGCUCGUCAGAGGGAGAAGAUGAAUGAGGAGCAUAACAAGCGCCUGUCCGACACCGUGGACCGUCUGCUCACCGAGUCCAACGAGAGGCUGCAGCUCCACUUGAAGGAGCGCAUGGCCGCCUUGGAAGACAAGAACUCCCUCAUUCAAGACCUUGAGAACUGCCAGAAACAGCUGGAAGAGUUCCACCACACCAGGGAACGGCUCAUUGGAGAAAUCGAGAAGUUGAGGAACGAGAUCGACCACCUGAAGCGCCGCAGCGGUGCGUUCGGGGACGGCUCCCACCCUCGGUCUCACCUGGGAAGCUCCAGCGACCUCCGCUUCUCCGUGGUGGAGGGACAGGACGGUCACUACAGCACGACCGUGAUCCGGCGGGCGCAGAAGGGCCGACUGUCGGCGCUGCGGGACGACCCAAACAAGGACUACCCGUCUCUGCGCGGCAGCGUCAGCCACCUCCUCGGCAGCGACGUCGAGGCCGAGUCCGACCUGGAGGACGACGUCAGCUCCGCCCUGCUCUCGCCCAGCGGCCAAUCGGACGCCCAGACGCUGGCGCUCAUGCUGCAGGAGCAGCUCGACGCCAUCAAUGAGGAGAUAAGGAUGAUCCAGGUGGAGAGGGAGUCGGCCGACCUCCGCUCCGACGAGAUCGAGUCGCGGGUGAACAGCGGCAGCAUGGACGGCCUCAACGUGACCCUGAGGCCGCGGGCGCUGCCCACCUCCGCCACGGCCCAGUCGCUGGCAUCGUCCUCCUCGCCGCCCACCAGCGGCCACUCCACGCCCAAGCACCACGGCCGCAGCGCCAGCCACCACCUGGGCAUCAUGACGCUGCCGAGCGACCUGAGGAAGCACCGCAGGAGAGUGGCGUCCCCAGUGGAAAUGGACAAGGCCACCAUCAAGUGCGAGACGUCGCCCCCCUCCUCCCCCCGCAGCCUGCGGCUCGAGACCAACUUCGCCCAGUUCACGGGCAGCCUGGAGGACGGUCGCGGGAAGCAGAAGAAAGGCAUCAAGUCCUCUAUCGGGCGCUUGUUCGGGAAGAAGGAGAAGGGGCGGCUGGAGCAGUCUGUGUGCAGAGAGGGGCAGGCGCUACCGGCGCUGACAGACUUUGAGAUGGGCAUCGGUGACACCAUGACUCUGGGAAAACUUGGCACUCAGGCAGAGAGGGACCGCAGGAUGAAGAAGAAACACGAGCUCCUGGAGGACGCCAGGAAGCGAGGCCUGCCGUUCGCCCAGUGGGACGGCCCCACGGUCGUCUCCUGGCUCGAGCUGUGGGUGGGCAUGCCGGCGUGGUACGUGGCCGCCUGCCGCGCCAACGUGAAGAGCGGCGCCAUCAUGUCGGCGCUGUCGGACACGGAGAUCCAGAGGGAGAUCGGCAUCAGCAACCCGCUGCACCGGCUCAAGCUGCGGCUCGCCAUCCAGGAGAUGGUGUCGCUCACCAGCCCCUCGGCGCCGCUCACGUCCAGAACGUCCUCCGGAAAUGUGUGGGUGACUCAUGAAGAGAUGGAGAACCUGGCUUCCUCCACCAAAGCGGACAAUGAGGAGGGCAGCUGGGCGCAGACGCUGGCGUACGGGGACAUGAACCAUGAGUGGAUCGGGAACGAGUGGCUGCCCAGCCUGGGGCUGCCUCAGUACCGCUCCUACUUCAUGGAGUGUCUGGUGGACGCUCGCAUGCUGGACCACCUCACCAAGAAGGAUCUGAGGAGCCACCUCAAGAUGGUGGACAGCUUCCACAGGGCUAGUCUGCAGUAUGGGAUUAUGUGCUUGAAGAGACUCAAUUAUGACAGGAAAGACCUGGAUCGGCGGCGAGAGGACAGCCAGCACGACAUGAAAGAUGUGCUGGUCUGGACCAACGAGCAGGUGAUCCACUGGGUCCAGUCCAUCGGCCUGAGGGAGUACAGCAGCAACCUGCUGGAGAGCGGCGUUCACGGCGCACUGGUUUCUCUGGACGAGACCUUCGACUACAGCAGCCUCGCACUUAUCCUGCAAAUCCCUAUGCAGAACACACAGGCACGACAGGUUCUGGAGAGGGAGUUCAACAACCUCCUAGCCUUGGGGACCGACCGGCGGCUGGAGGAGGGCGGCGACGACAAGUCCUUUCGACGCUCCCCGUCGUGGCGCAAGCGGUUCCGAGCGCGCGAGGGGGGGGCGGGGCUGGGGAUGAUGGCGGGCUCCAUGGAGACCCUGCCCGCCGGCUUCCGCAUGCCCUCCAUGUCCAUGCCGCCCUCCAUGAACCUGAUGCCCAAGAAGCAGCUCCAGCCUGAAGCUCCUCCCCUGGCGCCCCCGAGACUUGACCCCUCGGCCGUGCGGACUUAUUCAUGCUAACUACUACUGCUUACUAACAGGAGCGCUAAUGCUAACACAGUGCAUUCUCAUUACUUAUAUGGACACAUGCUUGCGGCCUUUUGAGAGUGAUAUGCCAAAUCUGGCGAGGGAGACCCGUGUGCCACUGGGGGAUGAGCGGUCUUCAUCCCUUCUGUCGCCCCCCGGCCUCACCUCCCACCUUUCAUCUCUCACCUCUCCUCCGGACACGUGCAAUACAGAGGCCAACUCUGACCUUUGAACUCUCGAGAGUGCUCAUUGGCUGCGCUCGCUGCUGUAAAGGAGGCCGACCCCGGUCUCUCCCAGUUUACCCCAGUGCUCCCGGUAGCCUUGUUGUCGUGGUGUUGUGCUCCCGCCCCUCUGGUCUCAGCUGUGGGUCUCUGUCCUGGUCCAAUAGCCUCACCAUGGCCAAGUUCAAACACAUUGCAGUGUUCAGUCUGAAAAAAUGCAGCAGAUUUUACCAACGCUGACCAGUUGCUGGUUUGGACUUGGAAAUGAUGAAUACUUGUAAGUGACAGACCCCACCGCACAUUGCCCCUCUAACGGUUAUGCAAGGUAUUACAUCAAUUAUUGUCAAUGUACAUAAAAUGAAUGACUUAUGUUUUUUAUAGAAAUAUUAUAUAUAUAAAUAUAUAUAUAUAUAUAUUGGACAUAUAUAUGGUCAAAAAUAUAUCAUUGCUGUAUGAAACCCAAUGCCGUGUAUUCGAUAGUGACUGUUCUCGCUCUCUUUCUUUCUAUUCCUCUCUUGUUGGACCUUUGUGUGUCUUAUGCUGUAUGCUGUAGGUGUGUGAAUCGUUAGUGGCAGGGACUCACUACGGAGAGGGUGCGUUUCUACAAGGACUCUUCACAGGUUCACGGGUCCAAUUUCAGACUUCUCUCUCUCUCUCUCUCUCUGCCUGAUCUCCUGUUCUUUCCUUUUCCCCCUUCUCCUCCUCUCUAUGACACUAUGUAGCUGUUACAUCUCUUUUCUCCGCCUCUCUCGCCUUCUGUACAACACUAUGUAGCCUAGAUUACGAAAAAAUUCUUUAACAUGAGGUGCGCGUGUGAGCGUGAAUGCAAACGUGUGGGAGCAAAUGGGUCUGUGAAGUUGAGACUCGUAGAGGGGUUUAGUGUGAAGGGCCAACCCCAGUCGUGUGACCAUGACCUCUGUCUGUGGAUGAUUAGUGUGAACACUGUAGCUCUUCUCUGUUGAUUCCUUACUUCGGUCUCCAACCAUACUGUAAACUGCUGCUUGACAUCAGCCAAUGAUAUCAACAAUGACCUGUUCACCAUGACAGAUUCAUCGAAUCCUGUCCCAUCACCUCCCUUUUAGGUUCCUUGGAGACGUGCCAGUGAGCGGUCGGUACUUUUGUCUGACUGCCUCCUCAUCCAAUAAGAACACAGCAUAUGAACCAGUGAAGUGUUGACUGAGUGUACGAUCUUUUAGUUUUUAUUUGGUUUCUAUUGUUUUCCAAGGUAUUUAAAAGGUGUAACGUGCUAUGUGGCAGCUAUGAGUACUGUGUCUUUAUUCCAGGUGUGAAACAAUGCUGACAAAUCAAGAUUUUAUUAUUUGGCCAUUUAAAAAGUGUACUGUAUUUAUGACACUAUGUAGACAUAAGUAAAGGUGUUUUCUAAA